CCAGGCCAGUGAUUGUUCCACAGGGCAUGGGGCAGUGCAGGGCACAGGAUGGGCCUGGGACCUGUUCCCUUCUAGCGAUCCUGUCCCUGCAGAGUCUCCCUUGUUCCCUUCCCGAGGCGUCUACAGAGUAACCGGCAGAGCUAGACAGGAAAAAUGAAGAGCUCAAAGCAGAGGAAACCCUCCAAGAGCCAGGACCUUUCGGAACUCUCUGAGCAUGAGAAGGAGAGAAAGGCUAAAAUGGAGAUCAGGCACCUGCAGACACAGUAUCAUCAUGCAGCGUGCAAGAGGAAAUUUUAUGAUGCCGAAAUCUGGAGGCAAAUCCAGGCUCAGCAAAAAGCAAUAGAUGAUCUGAAACAAGAACACAGACAUGUGUCACUAAUGCUGAGCCAGAUCUAUUCACCAAAUAAUGUGAUGAUAGAAAACCGAAAUCGUGUAAAGGUUGAAACCCUUUUUCAGAUCAGAAAUCAGAAUGAUGCCCUGAUCAAAGAGAGAAAAGCCCAGAUAGCUGACCUGGGCAAGCAGGUGCUAGAGCUGGAAAGAGAGAUUACAAAGCAAAGAGAGAUUACAGCGAAGGCACUGGAAGCAAGGAAUCACAAACGGCUGCAGGAGAAGGUCGAUGGACUGGAAUUCCGCCUAAACCAAGCCACUGUGCGUUACAACACCAUCCUGACCCGGAAUAACGAGCUCCGGGAGGAGACCCGAAGCCUGAAAAUCCAGAAAGCCGUUUUUGACAACUACUACUGGAAGUAUGACAGGCAGCUGACUCAGCAGAAUAGACUGUUGAACUCUGCUGUUGAACUCGCCACAGAAGACUACGAGCAGUGGAUGGAGUAUCUCUCGAAGAUCUCGGACAUUAGGGAAGCACGCAUCAGAGACACCAUCCAGUUCAACAUCAAGAUGCUGGACCUGAAGUGUGCCCUUCAGCAGGAGAUCAGACUGAAAAAUUUCUUUGUCACCAAAUGUACAGAUCUCUCUGAAUUGAAGGAAAAGGCCAAACAGAGAGAAGCUUUGAAGGCAGCUGAGUGGGCGAAGCAGAGCCAGGCAGAGAGUUAUGAGGUGGCUUACAAGCGCUUGCUGGAGCUGUCGGACGGAGAGAUCGACCAGCUCUUGGAUGAGUUCGUGGAAAAGAACAGGAGAUUCUUCAUCCUCUUUGCCUAUGCCAUUAGGCUGAACGUCAGGAAUGAGGGCAUGAGACAGAGGAUCAAGGCCAUCCAGGAUGAUAUGACAGCCAUCAUGAUGGAGCGGGAAGAGGAGGAGACAACCCGGUUUCAUGUCAUGCAGGAGCUGGAGGCAAAAUUAACAGAAACCAUUGAGGAGGCCAACAAGUAUGAAGCCAAAUGCAAAGAGAGCAGCAAACUCCUGGGACAGCUUCAAUCCCGCAUAGAGUCCCUCCUGAAAGACAUUGACUGUGACACCACAAAGAUAGUGAAGCCGCUCGGGAGCAGCUUGCUGCCACUUUUUGGUCCUGUGGAGGAGAAGGUCAAUGAGUUCCUGGUGCUGGAGUCCCUCCUGCGCUACACGUCAGUCGACCGCGCGCACCGGUCGCAGUCCUUCAUCAGCCCCAUGAGCGGAAAUUCAGGGCUCCUCUGGGUGCUGGAUCGGAACAAGCUCUGCCCACCGCCCCCCGACCCGGACAGCACCGACCCCGGCACUGUGGAAGAGCCGCUGGACAAGGACCAGCUGCGUCAGAUGGUUAUCAAGAGGCACGAGGAGGAGGCGGCCAAGCCCCCCAGCACAGGCAGGAAGAGGAGGAGAUCCCCAUCAAAGAGCCCAGCACGGGCGAAGUAAAGAAGCAGUUUCA